AUGAGCGACACUGACACGAUAUCGGACUCGGAUACGUAUUGUACUGACUCCACCUUCUGUAGCGAGUCGGAUACCGAGAGUACGGCGGUCGAAGAGACGAAGAAGUUGCCAAAAGUUUUGAGAAAAACGUGUUUGGACUAUUUUUUAAGCUACAGGAAUGUUUUGAAUGGGGUUGCGGUGGAAGUGGCACAACGGGUAUCGGAUUUGACGGAGGAUGUUUUAACGUUCUUGGUGAGUAUAAUACGAUGAUAUAACUUUAUUUUUGUAAUUUGUGAAGGGAAGGUUUUGUUAUUUUAUGUAUUAUGGAGAGAUGAUAGUGUUAUUCUGUGUUUUUAUUAAGAGUGAAAAAGUCUUGUCGUCAAUUUAUUGAUAUUGACAAUUCUUUUUUGGCCUUUUAAAAGUGUUGUUAUCUUUGAUCUUUUGCUACCAUCAUAUAACCAUUAGUCCCAGUUAUGAUAUUUCUAGCUAUAAAUAUUACUAUAACCUACUUUUACUCAAGUUAUACCUAAAAUUAGCCAAUUUAUACCAACUUUUAGUCAAGUUAUACCUAAAAUUCCACUUCCAGAUGACAUCCGAACGAGUUCUGAAGCAUUUUAUGGGAGGUCAACAAAGUGUUUGUGCUCUUCAAAAUGGCCAGGCUUGUAUGUACAAGAAGGAAAUCUCAUUUGCUACACGAAAACCGAGUCUUCUGGUCGCUAUCAAAGGUGUGUUAUAUCCAAAUCAAGCAAUCAUUGGUAUUGGAAAUAUGGAGCGGAGACCUGCGGAGAAGUAUACGGUGGAGAUCAUUUACAAGGGAAUCAGUAUGUUUAUUACAGUGGGGUUUUAGAAUUUAUACUAGAGUUUGGGUGAGGUUGAAAAAAAUGGUGAGGGGGGGGGUUUCUGAAAAAAAAAUUUUUGUUUUGCUUUACCUCUUUAAAACCUUUUUUUCCUUACCCUUAUGAAUCUUUAUAUGAAUUCAUGCCCAGCCUAUCUCUUAUAUAAAACCAAUUUUUAUUACCUAUAUUUUGUGCAGAACUAAACGUCAAAUUGGUUAUCCCAUUCAUUCUGUACAGCCGUGUCGUUCAACAAGUACUGGUCGAUUUGCAGAAGGAAUUGUCGAAGACCAAGGACAUUUUGAGUGGUGAAGGUUUUCAAGGGUGGCAUUAUCACGGCGUUCCGGUGCUAACAGACGAGUGUCGGCGAAAAGUGGCUGUAAUACACAUGGCGAAUCACUUGUGGAAGAGUCGGACCUACUUUUAUUCGACUUAUGACAUGAGGAUCAAUUCGAAACCUCAGUUUUUGAGUGUGGCGGAUGAGUGUAAGUAUUAACUUGUUGGUCGAUUUUUUAAAUUGUUUAAUGGCUUUUUAAAAUUUUAUUUUUUGAUGGAUUUUUUAAAGUUUUUUACUGGGUUAGGCCUAUUUUUGAGUUUAAAUAGCCAUCGUUUUAUUUUUUUAAUUUUUGAGUUUCAGAUUUGGCAGAUAUGUUAGAUAAUCCAUGUGGAAAACUGUUCCUACCAUGUGUUAACUUUCUGUGCGUUUACCAGUACCUCCCGUAAGUAUAACGUUAUUUUACAAAACAUUUUUUUACUACUGUAGAUACGUAAAACAUUGAAUUGUGUUUUUAAAAUGACAGUAUCAGGUUAUUCAAUUAAUUUUGUGCUCUUUCUCAACUCAAAUUUUUGGAGGUUUUUUACUUUGAGAGGGGGCACAGAAUUUUGUGAACGACUGAACGACCUAAUUAUAUGUUAUUGGUAGAUCUGAAAGGGAUCUACUAGGCAUGGCUCAGUGCCUUUACAGACCUAGUUAUCAGCGUUGGGAGAAUAAUCUUAUUAUCAGUGCUGAUAGGAUAAUCUUAAAAAGGAGAAGCAGGGAAGAUCAAGAAUAAUUUUGUGGACAACCCAAUAUUUGAAUUUUCAGUCUGUCACCACAAGCCGAAGCCGUGCAAUUCCAUUUUUCUGUCAAAUUCCAUGACAUUUUCGACAUUCGAACCUUUGAUCUCUACAGAACCAUCCUCGACGACUUUAAAAGAGUCAAAGCAAAACGAGUCAAAUUGUAUGCUAAGAUGUACAUUGAUUGUAGAGAAUACGAACAGCUGAAGCUGAUUCUGAAACGGACGCGGAAAGCGUUUUUACGAAUGAAACAGUUACAGUUGGAGUACAGGUUCAUGAAGUUUGAAGGGUUUCUCAGGGUUUACAUGCCUAUAUCGGUAAGGGUUUUGGUAUUAUCUUCAAUAGAGGGACACUGCUUUAUCUUAUCUUGCCAUAUUGUGUUUUACUCUACUCAUCCCUACUUUUAAACCCUACAUUACAUAUACUACAACUCUGUUGUUGCCAUCUUAUUGUAUUUUUCAUUUUUCAGCAAAAACACCAUGACGCGGACUUUAUCACAGACAUGAGAGAGCUGUCGGAACGACGCAACUUUUGCAUUUCGCCCGACCGCUGGAAGUUUAUAGCUUUGGCCAAGCACUUGGAACUACAAAUAAUUUGCAGUUUUGCCGACGAACCCGAACUCCGACUCCACCCUGAUGAAUCUAUUGUUAUGAAGGAGUGA